AAACUUUAACUUUAAAAAAAAAUAUUUUAAAUGUGUAGAAUGAAAAAAUGAAUUAGUACUUUUUGAAAAAUUGGAGCGAACGUUUUCCUUAAAAUUUUUAGUUUAUUUUUUUAAUCAAUAUUUAAAUUUGAAGUAAAAAUUCUUAAUUUUGAACGCUAUGUCUUUUUCGAAUCGUGAAACAAUUUCUUUGCAUAUCGGACAAGCAGGUGUUCAAAUUGGAAAUGCUACAUGGGAGCUUUAUUGUCUAGAGCACGAUAUAUCUCCUGACGGAUCGUUAACCCACCCACAGGGUGACUCAAAUGCGUGUUAUACUGCUUUCUUUAAUGAAACACAAACUGGAAAGGUCGUUCCACGAUCAAUUUUUAUUGACAUGGAACCAACAGUAAUAGAUGAAGUUCGUAAUGGGAAAUACAAACAACUUUUUCACCCUGAUCAGCUUAUAAGUGGGAAAGAAGAUGCAGCAAAUAAUUUUGCCCGAGGUUUCAAUACCAUCGGAAAGGAGAUGAUUGAACCAAUUGCCGAAAAAAUAUCAAAAUUGGCAGAGCAAGCUAAUAGUCUGCAGGGAUUUUUUGUUUUCCAUUCUUUUGGUGGUGGAACUGGUUCUGGAUUUUCUGCAUUGUUAAUGGAGAGGCUAAGUGAUAACUUUUCAAAAAAAUGCAAACUUGAGUUUGUAGUAUAUCCAGCACCUAUGAUUGCAACAGCCGUUGUGGAACCUUACAAUUCUGUGCUAACAACUCACUGCACUCUAGACACUACAGAUUGCGCAUUCAUGGUUGACAAUCAGGCGGUUUUUGAAAUUUGUAAAAAAAAACUUAACAUCCCCCGCCCAAGUUAUUCCAAUUUGAACCGAAUAGUGAGCCAAGUCGUAUCAAGCAUAACUGCUUCCUUAAGAUUUAAUGGAGCUCUGAACGUGGAUAUGUCGGAAUUUCAAACGAAUCUUGUUCCAUACCCAAGAAUUCAUUUUCCAUUGGCUUCAUAUUCACCGGUUCUGCCCGUUGAAAAGUCCAACCACGAAGGUAUCAGUGUUGCUGACCUAACGUGGGAUCUUUUUUCCAGCGACAGCCAAAUGGUUAUAUGCGAUCCGAAUAAAGGAAAAUAUAUGGCCUGCUGUAUACUCUAUCGCGGAGAUGUAGUACCCAAAGACGUGAACAGUGCAAUUUCAACAGUGAAGGCUAAAAGCAAAGUGCAAUUUGUUGAUUGGUGUCCAACAGGUUUCAAAGUCGGUAUCAACUACAAAGCCCCCUGUGUUGUUCCAAAUGGUGAUUUGGCCGCAGUUACUCGGGGAGCAUCUAUGUUGGCUUCAACAACAUCAAUAGCUGAAGCUUUUGGAAGACUAAAUCACAAGUUCGAUUUGAUGUUUGCCAAAAGAGCAUUUGUUCACUGGUAUAUGAGUGAAGGCAUGGAAUCGGACGAAUUUGUCGAGGCUCGAGAAAACCUGGCAACAUUGGAAUCUGAUUUUAAGGAAGUGGAAGGCGACAGUAUUUCCAAUAAUGAUGAUAUGAUAUCUGAAGACAGUUUGUGAGAUCAAAAAACUUUAAUAAGUUCAAAAUGUGUAUAGUGUUUCAAGUGUAAAAAAAAUCUAAAGUGGUAUCUUAAACUUUUACAGAAUUUCUGAUUAAAAAAUAAUCAAAAACAAAA